CGGGAACUGUAGUCUAGUGAGGUAGUAGUAAUAUGGCCGGCUCGCGGGCUGUUACUGUGUCUCCUCUCUUUGGUUCCCUCCCCCCACUCCGGACAACUAAGAGGGUGAGGCUUCCGGGGUUGGAUUUUUGCCGGCUCAAAAUUCCCCGUAUGUGGAGAGUAGUUUGGAAUUUUCCAGAAAGGUCGUCAGUUGUUUGCUGCCAUGGUGAAGGAGACUAUGUACUAUGAUGUGCUGGGGGUGAAGCCUAAUGUCUCUGCUGAGGAGCUGAAGAAGGCGUACCGUAGGCUGGCACUGAAAUACCACCCCGAUAAGAACCCCAAUGAGGGCGAGAAGUUCAAGCAGAUCUCCCAAGCCUACGAGAUACUGUCUGACCAGAAGAAGAGAGACCUGUAUGAUAAAGGUGGCGAGCAGGCAAUCAAAGAGGGUGGCUCCAGUAGUAGUUUUGGGUCACCCAUGGACAUAUUUGAUAUGUUCUUUGGAGGUGGUGGGAGGAUGCAGAGGGAGAGACGAGGCAAAAAUGUUGUUCAUCAGUUGUCAGUAAGCUUAGAAGAUAUGUAUAAUGGUGCAACAAGAAAACUGGCUUUGCAAAAGAAUGUGAUCUGUGACAAAUGUGAAGGUCGUGGUGGUAAGAAGGGUGCGGUAGAAUGCUGUCCUAAUUGCAGAGGCACAGGCAUGCAAAUCAGAAUUCACCAGAUUGGUCCAGGAAUGGUGCAACAGAUCCAGUCCGUGUGUAUGGAGUGUCAGGGGCAUGGGGAGCGUAUCAGCCCCAAGGACCGGUGCAAGAGCUGCACUGGCAGAAAAAUUGUUAGAGAGAAGAAGAUCCUAGAAGUUCACAUUGACAAAGGAAUGAAGGAUGGUCAGAAAAUAACAUUCCAUGGUGAAGGUGACCAAGAGCCAGGACUAGAACCAGGGGACAUAAUUAUUGUCUUGGAUCAAAAAGACCACCCUACAUUUACAAGACGAGGUGAAGACCUUGUUAUGUGCAUGGAUAUACAGCUGGUUGAAGCACUGUGUGGCUUUCAAAAACCUAUCACAACACUGGAUAAUAGAACUAUAAUUAUUACUUCUCAUCCUGGCCAUACUGUCAAACAUGGGGAUAUUAAAUGUGUGAUGAAUGAAGGCAUGCCAAUAUACCGUAGACCAUAUGAAAAAGGAUGUCUGAUCAUAGAGUUCAAGGUGAACUUCCCAGGGAGUGGCUUCCUCUCCUCAGAUAAGUUGUCCUUGCUGGAAAAACUGCUACCUGCAAGGCAAGAAGUAGAAGAAACUGAGGAAAUGGAACAAGUGGAUUUAGUGGACUUUGAUCCAACUCAAGAAAGAAGACAUUGCUAUAAUAGAGAAGCCUAUGAAGAUGAUGAGCAUCAGCCUAGAGGCCAUGCCAAGAAGACUUUCCUGUUAUAAUGGACCAUGGUGGCUGGUACCUACCACAGGGCACCUGAGACACCAUCACAAAGGACUACUUCAGGAGGUGGGCUGCCUGCUGGGCCACGCAGGGUCACUGUACUUGGCCAAGGAGGGGGCUGUAGCUCUUAUACAUACAUCCUGCAUGUGCAGAUAAGCUGUUGACACAGAAGCCAGGCUGAAAUUCAUUAAUUCCUACUACAGAAGUAGGAUUAAAUCACUAUGUAAUGCUGGAACUGACCCACAAGACUUUCAUUUACUAAUACUGUCACAGUCCAGCAGGCAAGAGUGGGCCUCACGGAUAGCGCAGCCCUGAUGCCAGCAGGAUGUGCUGGUAUGUCCCAUCAGUCGGCAGCACCUGGGGUGUCUGCAGCCUGAGGCACCACACUGCAGAGCUGUGUGGGAAUGUGGCAAUAAGAAAUGAGAUGGCACUGCAGAAACUCUCCCCUCUGGUAGAACGUUGGGAAAAUUAGUGAUAAGUAGUAAAACAAGGGAGUUGUAGGGAACAAUGAAACCUGAUUGGAUAAAAAGACAAUUCGGCUUGUGAUUGGUUUAAGCCGCUACUUUCGGGGAGGAACAAUGGGGGGAACUAUAAAAGAUUAGUGCCCUAUACAGUGUGGACCCUGCUCCAGAUGACUACCUGAUCUCAGGACCUCCACCUGGUGAGAAGGGGAUGCCCGCGCCAUGAUUCUUCUGUGACUGAUGGGACAUUGAGGGAUCAGCAUUUGUAAGACAGCAAAUUGGUUGCGAACCCGAAGCGCGUGUAGAAUUAUAUUUUGAUUCUUGGCUAUAGUGAAUUAGGCUGAAAGAUUGCAAUGUAGGAGUGAGCAAUAAAUACUUAUAACAGACA